GCACGCCUUGCACACUGGCCGCUCUCCCCGUGCAGCCUUCCCCGGCCGCGCCCUCUACCCAUUCAUCAGCCGUACUUCAUCGUGCUGCUCUGCUCCCCCUUCGCUCUCGCUCCAUCCACCCUCCCCCCCUCCCCAUGCGCCGCCCGCUGCUCUGCCUGGCCGCGGGCCUGGGGAGCUCCUCCGCGACGGAGACGUCAAGAAUAGGCCGGUGGACCUCCGCGUACAUGGCGCACCGCGCCGACUACUACCUGAGGGACGCUGAGCGGAUCCUGAACUCGGCCAUCGCUGUGGCCUUCCCGGGGCGGUCGGGCAAGCCGGCGGAGGGGGACGUGGACUUCGCCAUCUGGGACGUGCAGAACCAGCUGCGGGCCGCCGCCUCCUGGGACGCCCAGAACGCCAGCCUGCUCCUGCAGGCUGGCCGCCUGACGUUCACGCUGGCGGGGCUGGCCAUGGCCGUGCACGGGGCCGACGAGUUCACGGAGGACGCGCUCGAGUUCUGGCAGCCUCGGCCAGAUUGGCCCGAACUCUUCGAGUCACCAGAGUACGAGGCCGUCGUCAGCCUCGCUCGGCGUGCGUCGCUGGAGUACCUGGCGCACUUCGGCGAGGGGGCUGGCUGGGAGGUGCCAGGACCCGGGGAGCAGGCCGAGCUCGUGUGCUGGGCGGCGGUGUAUCCGCAGUGGGAGGGCACCCACGCCCACCACCCCUGCAUCCACGAGCGGGCCGUCGUCAGCGGCGUGCUCUACGCCACGCCCACGGACACGCCCCUGCUGCUGGCAGACCCGCGGGGCGCGCCGCCGGCGGACGUGGGCCACCGCGUCUCGGACAACGACAAGGAGUACGAGCCCCGCGCUCCCUUCGACGCGCCCCAGCCGCUGUUCGUCCAGGAGGGGGACGUGGUCCUCUUCCCGCCGUGGCUGGCCCACAAGGUGCCAUCUGUGCCGGGCGCUGGCGGCGGCGCGCCUGGGGAGAGCUGGCGGGUGCCCCCCUGCCCUCCCCUUCAACCUUUUCCUGCACGAGGGCGGCCGCAUCCUGUGGGACGCGUGGGGGCGCACGGUCCACGGGGCGGCCGGGCGCGAAACGCGGCCCGCCCCCGCCGCGGCCUCGAGCAGUGGCGAAGCGUCUGGGCUCGCCCAUCGGCCCACCAAAGGAUGUUCUAAGAAGCUUUUGUGUGGUUUGCGCGA